AUGUUGAUCGACUGGAUCCACGCAGCUCGUCUCCAGCUCAGAGAGAGUUCUGGCUCGGACUUUCCUGUUCUGCGUCUGCACUCUGACAGAGGCGGGGUGUUUUCCUCUGCCCGUCUGGGAGCCUUCUGUCGUGCAAAGGGCAUCCGCCAGACCUUCACGCUUCCGGCCUCUCCACAGCAAAAUGGGAUUGCUGAGCGCCGCAUUGGCAUGGUCAUGGACGUUGCUCGUACGUCCAUGAUCCAUGCAGUUGCCCCCCAUUUUCUGUGGCCGUUUGCGGUUCAGUACGCAGCGCAUCAGCUCAACCUUCAGCCCUGGGUCUCCUUGCCUGAGACCACCCCCACCUUGCGGUGGACGGGGAAGGUUGGUGAUGCGUCUGCGUUUCGGGUCUGGGGAUAUCGGGCGUUUGUCCGCGAAUUGUGUGCGGACAAGCUGUCCCCCCGUGCUGUUCCCUGCGUCUUCCUUGGCUUCCCCCCUGACGCGCGUGGUUGGCAAGUUUACCACCCCACCUCGCGCCAUGUUCUGUCCUCCCAGGACGUCACCUUCGACGAGUCGGUGCCUUACUACCGUCUCUUCCCCUACCGCACUGCGCCCCUCCCCCCGCCGCCGCUCUUCCUUGCGCCAGGUCCUCCCCCUGAAGACCCCCUCCCCCCUCAGGGUCCUGCCCCGUCAGGUGUGUCCCAGGUAGACGCAGUCGAGCCUGUCGAGGUAGCUGUAGACUCUGGUGCUGCUAGAGGUACUGAGCCUGCGGGUGCCGGGUCUGGAAGUGCCGAGCCUGUGGGUGCGGAGCCUGGGGGUGCUGAGUCUAGGGGUGCGGAGCCUUGGGGUGCUGAGCCUGGGGGUGCUGAGUCUCGGGGUGCUGAGCCUGGGGGUGCUGAGCCUGGGGGUGCUGGGUCUGCUCGUGUGGCCUCUGGCGGUGCUUCGUCGAGGCGGGAGCCACUCUCUCCACAGGAGCUGCGCGAGUGGUUUGCCCGUCGCUGGAGCCGUGCUGCUGGAGCUGGAGGUACUACUGUUACUGGCGGUACUGGAGCUGCUGGGACUAGGGGUGCUGCUAGGGCUGCUGGAGUUGGUCCUGCUGGAGGUACUGCUGGAGCUGCUGGCGGUACUGGAGCUACCGAUCCUGCUCGAGUUGGUGCUGCUGGAGCUGCUGGAGCUGGAGCUGCUGGGGGUGUUGGCGCUGGUGGUUCUUCUGGCGCUAGUGCGUCUGAGGGUGCUGGAGUUGGCGCUGUUGGAGCUGGAGGUGCUGCUGGCACUGGUGCUGCCGCUGGGGGUACUGGUGCUGUUCCUGCUGGUUCUGAAGGCGCUGCACGGCCGAGGCCGUACUUCGUUCCGCUCCUUGAGCAGGUUCUUGGUCUCCCCCGCUCUAAUGGUCCUGCUCCUCCCUUAGAGUGUCCACAGCCUGUCCAGUCGCGGUCACAGUUACAGCCCGCCUCCCCCCUACCUGCUCCUUCUCCCUACACUGGUCCUACUGGAGGUCUUGCUGAGCGUCGUGAGCCUGCGUCUCAUCCUGCAUCGCCUGUUUGUGCUGCUCGCACUAGUGGUCGUGCUCCGCGUCCGCGUCCUCCUGCGGUCCCAGGCACACACCAGAUGGCACUACGUCCUUCCACUGCUCCUCUGCGUGUCCCGUUGCCUCACGCGUCUCCUUCCUUUGAGUCCACUGCUGCGUCUGCCUUGGUUGCUGAGCUUGUCGACUUUGCAGCUCGCUAUCGUCUAGACUACGCCGCUAGUCUUGUUGCUGAGUCUGAGUCUGUCUGUCCUCCGUCCGUCGGGGGUGAGUGUGCUCUUGGGACGGACGUCCUUGAGGACAGGCAGGAGGAGUUCCAGUGUUUUGCUGCUGCUUUGCCUCAUCUCGUGUCCACGCUAAUUGCCCCUGAGGGAGACCCGGAUGCACCAGACAUCCCGACUCCUCGAUCGUACGCUGAGGCGAUCGAGGGUCCCUACUCCUCUUAG